CCGGUACCAGCUCACCGCUUCUGGGCCGUCGUGGGCCUCGCUGAGGUGGUGCCGUCACCCGCCCUCCCGGCAGCCCCCAGCCCUCUCUCCCCGCCAAGGCCUCCUGACAUCUCUUCUGUCUUUUCUGCAGAGGUUUUUCCAGGACACGAUUAUGAGUGAUCAAAUCCACUUCAUUGUCGAGAAGCUCAAUCAGGAGCCCUUCAGGAAGAACUACAAUUUAAUCAGCUUUGACUCCUUGGAGUCAAUGCAGCUGUUGCAGCUGCUCAAUGAUGUACUGGGGGAGAUUGACCCAAAGCAUGCUGUUGACAUUAGAGAGGAGCUGCCGGAACAAACAGCUAAAAGAAUGUUGAGUCUUCUUGGUAUCCUUAAAUACAAACCUCCAGGAAGUAUAUCAGACUUGAGCGCAUUUCGCCAAGGAUUAGUUACAGGAAGCAAACCUGUGAUUCAUCCUGUCUUACAUUGGCUUCUUCAGAGGACCAAUGAACUCAAGAAAAGAGCUUACCUGGCACGUUUCUUAGUAAAAUUGGAAGUGCCAGCGGAGUUUUUACAGGAUGAUACUGUGGCUGACGUCAACAAACAGUAUGAAGAACUGAUGGAAGCAUUUAAAAACCUACAUAAGGAAUAUGAGCAGCUCAAAACAUCUGCCUCAUCUACUGCAGAAAUAAGAAGGGACAUCGGUGCAAUGGAAGGCGAGAAAGAUCAACUCAUCAAAAGAGUAGACCGUCUUAAGAAGAGGGUGGAGACAGUACAAAAUCAUCAACGAAUGCUUGAAAUAGCAAGACAGCUUCGCUUAGAAAAAGAGAGAGAAGAAUCUUUGGCUCAACAGAAACAAGAGCAAAAAAAUCAGUUGUUCCAUGCAGAGCAGAGGCUGCAAAGAGCACAGCUCCAGCUGAAAGAGAUGCACCAUGCAGUAGUGGAUUCAAAACCUGAAAGUUUAAUGAAGAAACUAGAAGAGGAGAUGAAUUUCAAUUCAUACCUGGUUACUGAAAAACUACCUAGAGAGCUUGAAAGUAAGAAAAAUUCAGCAUAUUUCUUGCAAAAGGUGGUUGCAGAGCCAGCUAUGAGUCAAUCUGAUCUCAAUGUACUCGAAAUCAAGAUAAAUGAAGUAAAUGCACAAAUGAAUCAGCUUAUUGAGAAAAGAAUGAUGAAGUAUGAGCCAAUUGAUAGUAAAUUUUCUGUGUAUCGUCAACAGGCAUCUAUAAUUUCCAGGAAAAAGGAAGCCAAGGCAGAAGAACUCCAGGCUGCUAAGGAAGAGAUGUCCAGCGCUGAAAGGCAGCUGCAACAGAAGACCAGUCAGGCCCAUGAGUUAGAAGGCUCUGAAGUUCUGAAAGGGGAUGAGUUUAAACACUAUGUUAAUAAGCUCCGGAGCAAGAACACAUUUUAUAAAAAGAAGCGACUGGAAAUAGCAGAAAUUACAGCUGAGUAUGGUAUCCUCCAGAGGACAGAAGAACUUCUAAAGCAGCGCCACGAGGCUGUUCAGCAGCAGUUGCAAGCUAUUGAAGACAAGAAAGGCAUUUCUGGAUAUAGUUACACCCAGGAGGAGCUGGAAAGAGUAUCUGCAGUAAAGAGUGAAAUGGAUGAAAUGAAAGGCCGGACACUAGAUAACAUGUCUGAAAUGGUAAAAAAACUGAAUACUAUGGUGGCAGAGAAGAAGGCAAGCCUAGCUCCUGUUAUCAAAGAACUGAGACAGUUGCGUCAAAAGUGCCAGGAAUUAAUUCAAGAAUGUGAUGAAAAAAAAAUCCAAUACGACAGUUGUGCAGCGGGGUUAGAGAGCAAUCGCUCUACACUGGAACAGGAAGUGAAAGGACUUCUUGAGGAGUGUGUUCAGGAAGAAAGCAACUACCGUUAUGUUAACUGCAUGAAAAGGAACCUAGAAGUACAGCUGCAGCGUGCUAAAGAAGAAAUGAAGGCUUAUGUCUCCCCAGACCCACAGGAGAGACGAAAGGCAAUUCGAGAACAGUAUACACGAAUGAUUGUUGAACAAGAAAACCUUGGGAAGAAAUUACGAGAGAAGCAGAAAGUUGUACGAGAAAGUCAUGGGCCAAAUAUGAAGCAAAUUAAAAUGUGGCAGGAUUUUGAGCAGUUAAUGGAAUGUAAGAGAGAAUGUUUUCUAAAACAACAAAAGCAAACAGCCAUUGGUCAAGUCAUUCAGGAAGGAGGUAAAGAUAGACUUGUAUUAUGAAUUCUUCCUUCAUGAUACCAAGAUAAAGUAGGAAGACAGUGCGUUGGCUUCUUAAAGGUAAACUCUUACUAAAUACUGUUGCUGUCAUCGUUUCUACAGUUUGUUGUACAUUAUUUCGUGUUGGUGAAUAAAGAAAGAGAGCAACUAACGACGCUGCGAAGCUUUUCCUCCAUUGUUUAAGUGACAACAUAACGUAGUUAGGAAGAUCUGUUAUGAGAGCUGCACUAGGGUGAACCUCAUCGUAAAUCUUUGUUUUAUGAGGCUGGGAAUGGCAUGCAUCUGCAGAGAGAUCAAAGGAAAAGAAAUCCUUCUCCAGGGUCACAGAAAACUUUCGUAAUUGCUCUGCUCCUUGUUCUGUAUCACUAAGCUUACAUUUUUGCAAGGCUUGGGACUUGAUAUUGUAUAAUUGUGGACCUCCUGGCUUGGCCCUCUCCUUCCCUAUUGUCUUUAUUCAUCCAGUGUGACUGGCAAGAAUUGGAGCCAUUUUCACUCUGAGCUGCACAGACCUUGCCUGGACACUCCUAGUCAUGCUUUCCUUGCACGGUUGAAUUAAACUGAUUGUGCUUCCAGGAGACAGCUCAUUGCCACAGCAUCAGGAGUAGGUUCUGAGAACAAUUACUUGGAUUCUGAGCUUUUUCCAUUAUCCUUUGUUGUUGUUUUUUUAACAAAUGUAUUUGUCUUGCACAUACACCUCCUCCUAUUUUUUCUGAGUUGCCCAUGUGAAAAUGUGAACGGUGGUUGACUAAAAGCUUUCUCCACCGAGGACAUUUUGUGCUGUUUUGUCUGUGCAGUGUGGUUCCAAAGCAAUUACGCUACCCAAAGAGGGUCAUCCCAGGGAUGGAGGGUUAUUGAUGGAUGUAAAUAUGGCACAGUGGUUCUUGCAUGUGUUAGGGUAUGCAAAACACGUAGAUAGCCAAGGCUGCCUUGUACUCUGGCUUUGACCCGUGAGCCACAGGCAACAGUCACUGUCCUUGAAGUUGCAUCAUGAGACCCACAGCUGACCCAGGAUAAGAGGAAUGUAGGUGAGGCUUGAAACUGUCCCUCACGCUUCAUCAUUUCGGAUGAGCGCCUCUUAACCACAGUCAAAGAUCAGAAGCAGAGAUAAGUCUGCGUGACCAGAACUCUUGCUAUUCUUCUUUAGUCUCUUGGCUUACUGCAUUU